AAAUGUCUGAAAGACAAUGGAAUUAAAUAUAAACAGAAACAUGUCCCUGUCAUUGCUGUCCUGGGCUCAGGAGGAGGUGAAAGGGCCAUGGUGGGACUGCUGGGCUCUUUGGCUCAGAUGGCAGAGGAGAAACUGCUGGACAGCAUCACCUAUUUGUGUGGAGUGUCAGGAUCCACUUGGUGCAUGGCAUCACUGUAUGAGGACCCCAAAUGGUCUAUAAAUGUAGCUGCUGACAAGAAAAAAAUUGUGGACAGACUUUCAAAUGGAAAAUUCAAUAUAUCAGACAUGCUGGAGUGGCUAAGUGAAGCUGUGAAAGAUGAGAAUUACUCACUGACAGAUUUUUGGGCUGCAACUGUUGUUUACAACAUCAUAAAAGAGAUAGAUAGACACCAUCUCUCAGAACAGCAAGACAGAGGCCCAACCAACCCAUAUCCCAUCUACACAGCCAUCGACAAGGGACUGUAUGAAGACCAUCAGACAUUAUUCCGUCCCUGUGUUACAGCCUGCUGGUUUGAGAUCAGUCCUUAUGAAGCUGGUUAUUCCCAUGUGGGGGCCUAUGUGAUCACAUCCCUCUUCGGCAGCCAGUUUGAGGAAGGAGAGCUCAAAAAGGUUGUCAAAGAGGAAGACAUGUUGUACCUGCAAGGUGCUCUUUGUGCUUCUUGUUCUUCAGAAAUAGUGCGGAAGACCAUAAUAGCUCUUUAUAACUGGACCUGGGGCACCAAAUUCAACUUCCUGUACAAGUACCCAGCAAAAGACCUGCGCUUACAGCCAGCCUUCCUGGCCUGCUUAGCGCCCUCAGACUCUUUUUCAGCCUAUUCACAAACACAGCCACCCCACUAUUUUCUCCGCAUCCCACCCCCUCUACUGUCAGAUGAAAAGCAAUAUUUUGAGGAUGCAGGAAUCCUGUUGAACUCUCCCUAUGUGGCUGCCUUACGGCCGGAGAGGAAGGUGGACCUCAUUCUUUCCUUUGACUUCAGCAGUGGUGAUCCCUUCCUGACAGUGAAGAAAGCUGCAGAUUACUGUAAAGAGGCUGGAAUACCAUUCCCCUCCGUGGUCAUAGAACCAGGAGAGGAAAAGAACCCUAAAGACUUCUAUGUGUUCAAAGAUGAAACAAAAGCACCCAUCGUCAUCUACAUUCCGCUCUUCAACACUGUCAACUGUGAAGAAAAGAUUGAGGAGUGGAGGAAGAGGUACAAAACUUUUCAGGAUCCAUACAGCAAGGAAAUGAUUGAGGACCUGCUGCUGGUGUCCAGUGGGAAUGUGAAGAACAACAAGGAGAAGAUCCUCAAUGAGAUCAAGGCAGCAUGUGCACGCUUGUCACGCCCGCCAACUCGGUAACAAGCAACACUGGGAGCCGAUCAGGGUCCGGGCACAUAAAAGGGCAGCCCAGACCAUAGGAAGCUGUGGAACCUCGUUCAGCCUCGCUACUCGUCCUGCUCCUCGUACUCGACUUCCUGGUUUGCCACGACUCCUUGCCUGUCUUCUGGAUUAUGUUUCUCGGAUUCUCUCUUCGGACUACGUUCGCACAUCGGUUUCUCUUGCCUGUCUCUUCGACCAUGUCUUCUGGAUUGCCCCUUGAACAGCCUUCCUGUGCUCCGCACUUGGUUCCGGCACACCCGCUCCGGGGAAACACCGUGACAACGCUAAUGCUUUAGAAGCUGCUUUUUCAUCGACUUCUUUUUGAAUCAUUUCUAAAUUAAUCAGCAUUUUAUUAUUUUCUAAUCAGAAAAAACGUUACAACCAUAUAUCAUUAAAUAUAAUCAAUCUCUAGC